AUGGUCCACAAACAUGCCUUUGAAGCUUUAGAUAGGUCUAUGAAAAAAAAAUCAUUCGGUAAGAGUAUUCGUUCAGAUAUUCCUUUUGGAGGUAAAAUUAUUGUAUUCGGUGGUGACUUUAGACAAAUCCUACCAGUAAUUCCGAAUGGUACUAGACAACAAAUUGUCAAUGCAUCUUUAAGCUAUUCUUAUAUAUGCUCAAAAUGCAAACUAUUAAGGUUGACCAAAAACAUGCGCCUAACUAUUGGAGCUCAAAGUUCUGACAUGGAGUCUAUCAGGAAUUUUGCAAAAUGGUUGCUUGAUAUUGGUGAAGGAAAUGUUGGAGAUGAUAACGAUGGUCAAGCAACUAUAGAGUUACCAGAUGAUCUAUUAAUCACCGAUACUUCUGACCCUAUACAAAGCUUAAUCGACUUCGUAUACCCUUCAAUUAUGCAACAAUUUAGGAUUCCUAGAUUUUUUCUGAGAGAGCAACUUUAG